UUGGUUGCGGCGUCUUCCAGGAGUGUGAGGAGAAGAAAAGAAUGGCAGAAGAGAUCCAACAAAUCCAUACUCUCGUUUCCUCCGAUGAGGGCUUCAACAAAUCCUCCGGCUAUUCAGCGCUCUUGCACUUUCAGCAACAUUCUUGCCUCAACCCCUCUUCGCUCCAAUCCCUCGCUCACUCCUCCCACUUCAUUCUCUCUUCCAUCGUUUCAGACAUCUCCGCUCACCACCACGAACAAAUAGUCACACAAGCCUUGAAGUGUUUGGGCUUCAUGCUUUAUCACCCCUCCGUCGUUUCCGUCCUUCGAGUGGAUGAUGCCAAUUUGGUGUUGGGGGCAUUGCCCGCGCUUAUUACGACCACAAAAUUAAAGUCUGCUUGUAAUUUAGCGGUGUGGUGCUUGUCUGUUCAACAGUUGGGUGCAUCACUUCUUAUGACUCACUUCCAUUCUUUGUUACGUGCAAUUCUUCAUGCCCUGGACAAUCCCAUGGGUUCUUUGUCCACAACAUUUGAAGCUACCCAGGCUGUAAUGAAGCUAUCUGGUCAAUUAAGUGAGCAAAUGAAAGGUUCAUCCCAUAUAUGGGCUCCUCCAAUAUACAGGAGACUUCUCAGCACAGAUAAGAGGGAGAGGGAUGCCUCAGAAAGGUGCCUGUUGAAGAUCAAAUCCACAGUCAUUCCUCCUUGUCUGGAUCUCUCUAAGGUUAUUGUCAAAGAUAUGAAGAUGAAAUUGCUCAAUAGAAUGAAGGAUAUGCUAGAUAAUGGCAUGAAGACUCAAGCUAUUCGUGCAUGGGGAUGGUUUGUCCGAAUGCUUGGAUCCCAUGCUUUAAAGAAUAGGCAUUUAGUCAAUGAUAUGCUGAAAAUUCCUGAACGUACAUUUACAGAUCUUGACGCUCAAGUUCAAAUUGCUACACAGGUUGCUUGGGAAGGUCUUAUUGAUGCUCUUGUUCACUGUCCAAUAUUAGUUUCUGAGACAAAUACAUCAGCAGAGGAGAAUUCUCUGGAAAAACAGCAUUCAUCAGGAAGGAAAAAUUGUGAUGAUCACGCGAAUGGAUUUUCUAAAAGCAUAAAGCUAAUAAUGACCCCACUGAUCGGCAUCAUGACCAGUAAAUGUGAUAUAUCAGUUCAUUCAUCCUGCUUGAACACGUGGUGUUAUUUGCUACAUAAGCUUGAUAUCUCUAUCAAUGAACCAUCAGUGAUAAAAAUGGUUUUAGAGCCUAUACUUGAAACAAUAUUUCAGAAUGGACCUGAUAGCAAUAGCAUCUGUUUAUGGAACCUGAGUCUUGAUCUGCUUAGUGAUAGUAUUUCACAGAAGUGUACGGAUGUCCUCUACCCGUCAGCUGGACCAUUAAGCCACAGAAUCUCUCAAAAUGCACCUUCUCUAUCUGGAAAAUGCUCUUGGAAGCAACACCUAAUCAAAUGGAAGCCUUGGAAUAUUAAUCAAUUGGACUUUUAUCUGAGUAUGAUUUUUCAUCUCAUCCAUCAAGCAUCUAGGCCAACCGUCACUUAUGAUCAUAGAAGUCAUAUUUAUGACACCGCCUUGAAGUUAUUUAUAUAUAUUCUGAAAGGAGUCAAACUGGAUGUGGAAAGUCCAGCUACCGAUUAUGAUGGUAUCAUGCAGUGCUUGAACUCAUUACUAACAUUCAUCAAGAAAGUAAGUGAAGAUUUAUGCUCAGAUGUCGGCGAAAAUUAUGAUGUUUAUUCUACAUCCAUUCAGUUUAUAGAUGCUAUCACCAAGGAGUUAGGUCCUUCUAUCUUGGGAUCUCCUCUGUACAAGUUUUCCUUAGAUCUACAAUAUGUUGGUGACAUGCAAUCAGCAGAUCAUAACAAACAUCUAAAAUUUCUGAGUGUCAGUUGUAUUUCUUAUAUGGAUAAGGUUUCCCCAUUGGUUUAUUUGAUUACACUGUGCUUCCAUGUGAUGGUUCAGUUAACAAUGAAAGGCCAUCAAUCAGACCACAUUUCACAAGGAAUGUGUGAAUAUUUUAAAUUUAUAUUUUGUUUGAGUGAUCCCCUGGAAAAUCUCCUCACCAGUAUUGGCUUCUUGUACAGACACGUUCAACCAAUUUACUUAAGCAUAUGGAUAGCAUUAGCUCAAGGUCUGAACUACUGUGUAUCUGAUGCAAACUGCAAGUCACUACAGGAAGCCUUGUCUGACAGCACUGUAUAUUCUUCCAUAUGUCAUCUUUUAAUUUACCCCAUCGUGGCACAUUCUGAAGUUCCAAGAAUGACCUUGGCAAAUGCUAGGGCCUCUUUGGAUAAAUAUCCUGUAUCAACAGAAAGAAAGCUGAGGUUUGAACUGGUUAUUCAAACAUGGAAAUCACUUUAUGGAUCUCUUAGUGCUUCAGGCUUUGGACGAUCAUCAGCCACCAAUUUCUCGGGGGAUGUGUGCAUGUUGUUAAGCAGCUGCCUUGAUGAAAAUGGUGGCAAGGUUGAGAGCGGCACUGAUUUUGAGUUAACAUGCAAUGAUGUGGAUCUUGGCGUCCUUCAUUUAUCGGGCAAUUUCUUGAUAUGCAUUCUAGAACAUAUUCAGACUUUGGAAUUAGUUUCUGAAUUGGACAGAAGUAAAUUUGACCGUGAUAGCAAAAUACUGUGCUGCAUAAAGAACUGCUUAAAUUUUUUUGCCCAGUAUAUGAAUUUGGUGAGGACAAAUAUGGUGAGAGAUCCACUGCCUGGUUUUGUUGGGACCUCAAGGUUGUAUUCUGCUUUGGCAUGCUUUAUUAGUUGUCUUCACCGGAAGCAAGAUAUUCUUCAUUUUCUGGAGAUUGUUUCCAGCCCACUGCUUCAAUGGCUAUCAAACAUGGGAAUGGAGGAUGGAAGAACAAACGACCAACUCCAACUUCUGUGGAUUGAAAUUCUAAGCUGCUUAAGAAGAAGUCAACCUCCAAUAAACUUUGGUUCCGCUUUACUCAAACUUCACGAACCUCUAUUUGAAAAAACUCUCGAUCACCCAUAUCCCUCCAUUUCAGAACCAACCAUCAACUUUUGGAAUUCUACAUUUGGGCAGCAAAUUAUUUUGGAUUUCCCCUCGAGUCUGCUUUGUGUCUUGGACAAGCUAUCCAGAAAUGGAAGAUUAAAACUCCAGAAGAGAAGCCUACCAUGUCUUAAAAAAUGUGCUUCUCAUGAAGAAGUCGGUGAUGCUCUACAGGGAUAUAAGGUCUAUGCAAAACAUAACAGGACCUCUAAGAGGGUGGAACUAGUGUUGGAUACCCGGAAAGAGACACCUCCUUUGAGUUUUAAAAAGAGAAGGUUAGAACAGACGGAGCAUCAAAAGGAAGUCAGGCGAGCACAGCAAGGAAGGGAAAUGGAUACCGGAGGACACGGCCCAGGAAUUAGAACUUACACCAAUGCUGAUUUUACACAAGGGCGUGAUGAUUCGCAAGAGGAGGAGAUAAGAGAUGCUGAAGCUAUAUUGCAGUUGCUGAUGAAAACUAUCUGACUGGCUUUGAAUGCUUCUUAUAGAUGACCCUACACUCAUGAAUGCCUGAAUUAUUAUUGGGAUAACUUAUCCUGUUUAACAAAAUUUUAAUAGAAAAACUGAUGCAAUAACUAAUGAAUUACAUUAUAGUAAUAGAUAUAAUGUAUUUUGAGAAAUUAGGCAAAAUUUCUUAUAAUCAGAUUUGUAAAAAAUAAAAUA